GAAAAUCUUAUUUGCCCACUUGAUCCAGGCGCCUGGAGCUUUUCGUUUUCCGAGAAGGCGACAUGUUCCUAGAGCUGGCUUCCCUUGUCAAGUGCAUACUGUACACCUGGAAUAGGUUCCUUCUUACCCCGGCAGUUGGUUGCGUAUUGCUCCUGCUGUGGAGGAUUUGGAGGUUCACUGUCCUACCAGUCCUACGGCCAAAUGAGCCAAAGGAACUCCCUUACUGGAUCCCAGUGUUUGGUCAUACAAUCGCGUUCUUUGGCAACUCUGAUAAGCUGCUCGAACGAGGGCUAAACUAUACAGGCCGUACCCAUGAAGUGUUUGCAAUCCAGGUUUUCAGGAAGAAACUAUACAUCAUCACCAACCCAUCAGAUGUUAGCAAUGCUUUCCGAGACAACGAGGCGCUGCACUUUGACGGUCACCUCAAUGAGCUACUCUGCAAUUGGGGCUUUGAAGGAGAAGCUCUGAGGUUGGCAUGGCAUGUUCCACAGCCUGGAGAAUGGUGCUAUUUGCCAGGAAAUCCGCUGAACCCGAACCACCUUUCGUUGAACCGCUUCACCGAAGAAGUAUACCGCGAACAGCUACUUCCGGGACCGAAGAUGGAUGCCAUGUACAAUGCAUUCGCUACUGCUCUCUUCGCAACUCUGGAAUGGUCGAAUUUGGACUUUUGUACAGUAGGAGUGCGAGGCAAGAGCAGGCUGCUUUCGCUUUCGAUGCUCUGUCGGCACACGAUGGUGGAUGCGACGACCCGUUCUAUGUUUGGAAGCCAUCUGCAUCGGAUUAAUCCCACUGUAGUCGAAAAUAUGAUGAACUUUAAUGAUCACGCAUGGAUGGUUUUCUUCAGGUAUCCAGAGAUAUUCGGUUCACCUGUCACAGAGCCACGAAGACAGCUGAUGGAUACCCUCAAGACUUUCAUCAAUCUGCCAGCGCAUGCACGGACGGAACAAGCGUGGUCCAUCGACACAAUCCUCAAGUGGCAAGAAAUCAUGGGUGUAGAUCUGCAUUCUCGUGCAUCUAUCAUUCUGAUGAUCUACUGGGCUGCCAAUUCUAACGAGUACAAUAUUUCCUUCUGGGUGCUUGCCCAUCUUCUACACUCUCCAGACCUGUUCAGAACAGUCUACGAAGAGACCGAAGCCGCAUGGCCUCAUGGGAAACUUGACAUAAAAUGGCUCUGCACCAAUGCCCCCAAUCUAGACGCCAUCUUUUCCGAAGCUCUCCGUCUGAACGGAGGAGCCAUGGUUAGCCGAGUGGUUCGCAGUCCCAUCACCCUCGGAGGAAAAGUCCUGCAGCCGGGGCACUCCGCCUUGAUACCAGCUAGGCAACUUCACAUGAACGAGAAAGUCUGGGGUGAUAACGUUGCAGAGUUCGAUGCGACACGUUUUAAAAAUAAGAAGAGUCUUACAAGACACUCUUCCUAUCGGCCUUUCGGUGGCGGCGUAACGUAUUGUCCUGGCAGAGUCUUAGCAAAAGAAGAGGUUUUCAGCUUCCUCGCUAUUCUGUUUCACCGUUUCGAUAUUAAGCUGGCAGUUGUUGGGGCAGAAAAGCAGAAAUUUCCGAAGCUGGAUGAUAGUACGCCGGCGUUGGGGAUUACGGGCCCGGUCAGGUCGAUGGAUGUUAUCAUUGAGACGACGCUGAAGAAUAAGUUUUAUUAAACGGCUAGAUGCCUGUACGAUGAAUUCCGAGGGUCUUCGAUAAAUUGUAUACUUUGCUAUGUCUUCAAAAGUGGUACCGACAGUU